AUGACCCGAGGUUGCCAGGAUAACACUGCGUAUGCUGAUAUUUGCCCGGACAUUGCCUCGUGUGGAAACUACUGCAACGAUCACAAAGUCUGGGCUCAGAAAAAUUGUCCGAAGUCCUGUAACAUGUGCUCAGGUCCCCCGCCUCCAGCCUCUUGUGGCAAGUCUCCUAAGUCACGUGUUAUUGGAGGAGUGGAUGCUAAGCCAGGAGAUUGGCCUUGGCAGAUCGCUCUGCUAAGAGGAAGCUCGAAAUCGUUCAGUUGUGGUGGAUCUUUGAUCGCUCCUGAUUGGGUAGUCACUGCAGCUCAUUGUAUAUCAACCUUAACCGCGAGUUAUUAUACUAUCCGCCUGGGUGAUCACAACCGACUUGUGGGCGAGGGAACUGAACAAGAUAUCCAAGCCAAGCGAAUUAUAAAACAUGAGAAUUAUAGUCCAAACACCAUCAAUAAUGACAUAGCGCUGAUACAGUUAUCCAAACCAGCCACCUUAAACGCUCGAGUUGGAACUGUGUGCCUUCCUAAACAAAACGAAAUGGUUCCUAUUUCUUCCAGAUGCUUCAUUACAGGUUGGGGAAAGAUUAAACAUCCAGGAGGUUCGCAUGACAUUCUUCAACAAGCUCAGAUGCCACCCGUUACAAAGGCAGCCUGUCAGAAAAAAUUGGCAUCGUCCCCGGCUGGAUCCAGCCUUAAAAUCACCGACAACAUGCUGUGCGCUGGCGUCAGCGGAACUAAUCUUAGUGGUUGUCAUGGAGAUAGCGGAGGUCCAUACGUAUGCCAGACUGCCGGAGGGAACUGGGUACUACAAGGCGCUGUUAGCUGGGGUUCUUCGCGAUGUUCUGCAGCAGAGCUGUACACGGUCUUUGCUCGUGUUGCCAAGUUCAGAAACUGGAUCGAUCAGAAGAUGAAGUCUUGAAGAAACAUUCUUGUAGAAUGUGAUGUUAUACAUGGGGAAAUUAAAGGAAUCUUAUCAUUAAAACUCG